AUGAGUGUGGAAAUGCUGGCGAUGCUGGUGGCCUCAGCAAUUCAGGGUCAGGUUGUGGCUGUAUACAACACAGAGAGGGCUGCAGCCUGUCAACAGCUUGACACCCCUGCGCCACAGACAGUUACACAACAGGCCACGUGUAAGGCUUUCCUGACCUCCGCGCUGGUCAUAGGCGGGCUGUUCUUCCUCUGCUGCCUGGUCCUCUUCCUGGGGGUGAAGGAGCAGCAGGCUCCCCUCUAUAGUCUGGCCAGAGUGCGUCUGUCCUAUCUCACCACUCGAAAGAUGUUAGUGUGCCACAUUCCUUACCAACGACUGGUCCUUGGCCUCCUCUUUGCUGCACUUGCCUUACAGAUGUCUUUGGGGAAUUUUGCACUGUUAUGUACCCAAGUAGCUGGGCUUGGGGCCCAGUUCCAACACCUUCUCCUGGCUCUGCUGAUAACAACCAUUAUAGCUGCUCCACUGUGGCAGGCAAUCCUGGUACAAGUUGGGAAAAAGACCACACUCUUCAUCGGCCUAUCUGUGAGCAUAACAUUGUUUCUCCCUUUAUGACAAUGUUUAUGCAGAAAAACUUACUAUUUGAGACUUACAAUGUUUUUGUAUUUAUUUAUAGCUCUUCAUCCCAGCUGUAACAAUCAUAGCUUGUGUACCCAAUAACCUGCCUGUCUUUGUGGCCAUGUGUGUGAUGUUAGGAUUCAGCUUGGCAACCAUGUUCCUGCUGCCUUGGUGAGUCAGCACACUGCAGUUAGAAGGCCAAGACUUUGGCUCAGGGCCAUGUCUCCAUUUUGAACUGCACUCUGCUCCAGUUCUGUCUCUGCCUCUGUCACUUUGAAUGACUCUAAACACACACACAAUGCUGACAUGUGUGACUAGGGGCAUACUUCAUUCAUAACUCCCCAUGACAGCCUGUCAAGAGUUGAAUAUUCUGAUAUGCUGAUUUGACACUUGGCCAGUUGACUAAUAUAAACUGUUUUACACUUCAAUCGAUUCACCCAGACAGUGUUUGGUGCAAUAUCUGCGUGUGGUCUGAUUUGCGAGCCAGUCUCUUAUUAUUCAUGUAGGUCCAUGCUCCCGGAUGUGGUAGAUUACUUUGCCUUGAGAAACCCCUGCUGCAAGGACCUGGAGCCCCUGUUUUUCUCCUGCUAUGCCUUCUGCAGUAAGCUGGGGGGAGGUCUGUCUGUUAGAAU